AUGGACAACACAUCUCUAAGAACCACAGUUACCAUAAGAAAAAAAACAUCCAAAGAGAGGACCAUCAUCCUGGGCGAUUUUAAUGAAAGAGUUGGCAAUGACAAUCUAGCAUGGAAAGGCGCACUUGGAAGACAUGGAUUGGGAAACUGUAAUGACAAUGGACGCUUGCUUCUGGAAUUCUGUGCAGAAAUGCAAGUGACAAUAACCAAAACCCAGUUCCAGCAGAAAAACCAUUAUAAGACCUUUUGGAUGCAUCCCCGCUCCAGACAUUGGCACCUGAUAGAUUACAUCUCGGUGCAUCAGCAUGAUCUUGGGAAUGUCCUGCACACUAGAGUCAUGCCUAGUGCUGACUACUAUACUGACAACUGACUUUUUCACUCAAAGUUGUCCUCCCACUUCAAAGCCUCAGCCCAAGCACAGAAGUAACCCCCCAAAGAAAUAUGAUGUUUUGAAGCUUCAAAAUCAAUCUUGCCAACAAAAAUUUCAAAGAAGUCAAAGCUUGAAAGCCAAAUCCAUGUUGCAGACACCUCACUCGAUUGACUCUGGGAACACAUCAAGUCAGUAGUCUUGGAGACCACCAAGGAGAUUGUUGGGCUCAGUACUAAGAGAUACCGGGACUGGUUUGAUGAAAAUGACAGACAUCCAAGCCCUGCUCACAAAAGAGGACCACUCAUCAAGCCCUUCUAGCACAGCCAACUAGCCAAGAGAGAAAGGCAGCUUACUGCCAGGCAUG